AUGUCAAUCAAUUGCAUUGAGGAGGACUAUAAAAUAAAGCUGGCGGCCAGCCCCUGUUCAUGCUCUGCGUCCGCCCACCGGAAACACUACUGGGAGGUCCCGAUUCUGAAACCACACCGCCUCCCCUUGUCGCCUCCGAAGAAGGACUUGUAUGAUUUAAGCGGCAGUUAAUUUGUUAGUAAAGCUAUAUUGAGGGCUCGUUGUUUCUCGUUCUGUUCUCCCCCCUCCCAAAAAGGGGGGUUACUUUCGUUGCCGCUUUUCUGCCGAAAAUGGAUCCGCGCCCUCCAUUCAAACACAGAAAACCCUUUGCUUGCAGGAAGAGUGAAGUGGCUUCUAUUCGCAUCAAAUUUCCCUGCAAACGACCGGUGAUCCUGGAGCGCUAUGCCAAGGAGAAAAUACUGCCCGUCAUGAGCAAGGUCAAAUUUCUUGUUCCGGAAGACCUCACUAUGGGCCAGUUUGUCUCAAUUAUCCGAAACAGAAUGUGCAUUGGCUCCACACAAGCCUUCUAUUUCCUGGCUGAUAAUAACCGCAGUAUGGUUAACAUGUCAGCCACCAUUUCUGAAGUGUACUCGGCUUACAAAGAUGAAGACGGCUUCUUGUACAUGACUUACGCCUCACAGGAGGUGUUUGGCUGACAGCACUGAGCUGUUCAGGGAAAAUUAUUGGUUGAAAUCAGUUUCUGCCUCUCUGACCACACCACCCACCUUCUCUUUAAAAACUGGAUUGUGUUCUUCUCAGAAUGCUGGACUGGAUGUAUGCUCCUCUGCUGUGUCACCCUUGGAGAUCUUUCUGAAAGGUGGAAGCUGUCUUGCCAAUGGACGAAGUAAAUAUUUUGGGUUGCCUCUUGGGUGAUAGGCAUUAGGGAGGGGAUGCAAUGUUCUGUAUAUCACAGUGUUUCAAUUCAGAGCCCUUUCUAGGCCCUCUAAAGUCUUCCAGUUCUGAUCUGGGCCCUGAGGUGUCAAGGGGUCACCUGGGCACUGUUGAUGAGGCAGCUAUAGCUAUGGUCCUCUCAAGUAGAAUAGAUUGAGCUACCCUUAGAUGACAGCUUUUAAUUAACAGUCAAGGGCAAGUUUUAGGGGAGGCUUGCUAUAGGUAGUAGUUCUCACAAAAUGGAGAUGGAACCCUUCUUACAUCAUGCAUCAUUGCUGCUUUCAGGAAACUGCCUCCUCUCUGGGGUAGGUGGUGGGUUUUAUUGGAAACUUUCGUGACACUUGGGUACAUUUUUUCCUUAUAAAGAUGCAAAUCCUGCAUGAGGGUGGAGGGGGGAUGCUUCACUGCAAAUUGAGAACGAGAGUUUAGAGAGCAUCUUCACGUUGAAGAGGGAAUGAAUGGAUUGGUGAAAAAAGCAAGGGUAAAUACAUCUAUAUCUCCAAUAAUAUUGGAAAGAGACUUGUUUUUUUUGUCAACCAACCACUUUUAAGACAAUUGUAAUAGGUCCAUUUUUGAGUAGAAAGUGCACGUUUUUAAAACUGGUCUUCACACUGUGAAAUCUCUUUUCUUGUUCUUGUCCAUGUGGACACCUCCUUUUUUCUAGUGUUUCCUAACCAUUGCUACUGGCAGCAACGUAUGCUGUUUGAGGUCUAAGCUUGAGGGAUAAUAGCAGGGGCCAUGCAAACCAUUGCCUUGCCAGGAUCUUAAAAUAAGCUUUACAGAACAUCAGCUGCUGGUUUAAAGCAGAGCCCUUUGCAAGAUUUUAAUUCCCUUCCAGGCCUCGUAAACUGCUGUUCUAGAGUCUUACUGCUAAUUCUAACACUGUUCUGUAAUGGAGUAUAAAGCUUUUAAGAUUUGUGUGCCUUUUUGUGUGGCUGGUUUUAAUAAAGUUGGAAGUAUCUGGCUACAGUGUAA